AUGUUGUUACUAAUAUUUUUCUUCAAUUUCAUCUAUGCCGAAUCUAAUUUCAAUCCAGAACUAAUGUUGAAAAGCUACAUAAAUGCUAUUCAAAAUCAAGAAUCUGAAUCUCAAAAUAUUCUUGCUGAUGGAUUUGCAGUUUAUGAUUGUGAAGGAAAUGUGUUAAGUGGAUCUGAUUUUCAUUUUUUGAAAUUGAAGAAGCUGAUGAAUGAAUCGAACAUCCAAAUUCCAAUUCAACAUUAUGAAAUUCUUCCUUUCAAUGACAAUGAAACUAACAAUAAAUUCAAUGUUGAAGUUGGAUAUUUUGUGAGUGAAAUUGAAUUAGAAUAUAUUGGUGAAAAUGAAUGGAGAAUAAAAUCAGAAAAAAGAAAUAAUUGCGUUUCACAAAAUCAACCAUAUCAUUCAAGUUUAUUGAUUGAUUAUGAACAAAUAUUCCAAAAACAAUCGGAAUUCUUAUUGGAAAAAUAUUUGAGAAAUCUUGCAGCUGGACAUUUUCCACAAUAUUUGAAAUUCUUUAUCACUGAAUUCUCAAAUGAUACAAGAAAUUUAACGAAUAUAAAUACAGUUGUGAAAUUGAUUGAAAAUAUUCCAAUGAUUGCUAGAAAACAAAUGUAUAUCGUGCUAUCUUCUGAAUCAAAACUCAAAAUUUUUGUUGGAAUUGAAGAAUUCGAAACGAAUAUAAUUACACUUGGUGUAAUUUAUAAUGAAAAUGAAGAAUGGGAAAUAAUAUCAGAAAAACAAAGAGAAUAUUUAAAUGAUGAUUCAGAAAUAAUUGCAUGGUAUACUUCUGCAUUUAUUGAUUAUCGAAAAACAUAUUUGAAAAUUGCUGAAAAAUUGAUGAAAAAAUUCGAAAAUGCUGUUAGAACUAACAAAUUGGAAGAUGAUAUAUUCUCAAUUAAAAAUAUAUCUGAAUUUGGAUAUCAUACAAUUUUUUUCAAUUAUAAUUAUAUUUACCUAGAUGGCGGUGCUGAACAAUUUCAAACAUUUACAAUUACAAAUUAUGAUGAUGACUCGAGUUGGUAUAAGUUCAUAAUUGAAAAUAAUAAAUUCCAUUUAUUAUCGGAAGACAGUUAUAAUUUUGUUGAAUAUAUUGAAGGAGUUUAUAAAGGGGUAUCCGAAAGGCUGAUGAAUAAAUAUGAAAAGAGAUUAUUAGCGGAUAAAAUUGAAUUGAAAGGUCUUUUUAAUGAUAAUUUCAUAUUUUAUAGUUGUGGACACAAUAGUUUGAAUAUCACAAAAUUCGAAAAAGAACUCGAGAAACCCGGAAAUAUUCAUGAUUUUGGAAAUUACAAUGAUGUUAUUCGACUUGUUUCUGUGAAUCCAAUAAAUGGUGAUAUCGAUUUUUUGCGAAAUGAAAAAGCAAGAUUUUUGGCAAAAUAUGAUUUUGACUCGAAAAAAUAUGAAUUAUCGUUGGAAUAUCGUUGCAAAGAUAAAGAUUUCUUCAAUAUUUCGAAAUCAAAAGGGUGGGAAAAUGCGAAAAAUAAUAUGGAAAUUGGAGAUGAAAAAGAAUUUGAACUUGAUGAACCGCUGAUCACGUUUGGAAAACAUUGUGAGUUAGGCUCUUCAAGUGUUAAGCUAUUUACAAAAAUAUUUUUUAAAAAAUUUUCUAAAUUUUAAUUUCAAUUUGUAGGGAUGUUUGAUUCUAAACCUUCAAUUUUUCCAUACAAAAACUUCAAUGCAACUGCUGAUGCAAUCGGAGUGGAAGAAGCUUUUGUAGCACAAGAUGACCGAAAGGUAGUUAAUAUUACAUUUUUCUUGGAGAAUUCUAUUUUUGACAAAACAAGAAAUGAUAAUUAUAGCUUAUUGAAAUAAUAUGUCGCCGUUCACAAAUUCAACGUCAAUUAAUAGCUGAAGAAUACAGACGCAUUCAUAAAAAGAGGUUGUCUUCUAAAUUUGACAAAAAUUUGGAUUCCGACUUCGGACAACUCAUGAAGAAUUUACUUUUGCGCCCAGUGGACCUUGAUAUUUGGGCGAUCACUAAUGAUUGGGAUGGGAAAGGCGGAAGAUUGCUUUUCGAGAUUUUGAUAACUCGCACAAAUAAGGAAAUUGAAGAAAUAAAACGAAGAUUUCUGUUGAUAUAUCGAAUAUUUUCAGAUAAGGAUCUUUUUAUGGAAUAUUUAAACUAUCACUAUAUAAACUGGGAACGAAAUGUGAUCAUGGAAAUAGUGAAAUUUAAACGAGAUGAAAAUUGGGAAACAAAUAAUAGUACAGCUAUAGCUAAUGCUGUGCGAUUCAAAGAUUUUAAGAGAAUUGUUGAGGAUAGCCCGAAAGAUUUAGUUGAAUUGAUCAGCACAACAAACUGGUUACAACUAAAAUUGAUUCUUCGAAAAUAUCAGGAAUUAUAUGGGGAGACAAUCAAGCAAUUGCAACUAGAUAACGAUGAAUGGUCAGACUAUGCGUAAGUCUUCACUUAUAGAAUAAAGUUUCUAAACUUUUAUUCAAGGACAUGGGAUACAUAUUAUGACAUCACUAUCAAUGUCGCGAAAAAUCGAUGGAAUUAUUUCUCAGAUAGAAUAAAAUACACAAUGUUUGGCCAAGGAACGGAUAAUUAUAAACUGAUUUAUUAUAUUAUUUCGAGAUCGGAACGAGAUUUGCAAUCAAUUCGAGAAGAAUUUGAUUGGCGACAUUCGGAAGAAUCUUUGACUCAAUGGAUUGAAAGUGAUACUUCUGGACCUUUCCGAGUGGCUCUUUUGACUUUGGUUCGAGGAAACAGGGAUCAAUAA